CUUUGCAUGGAAUAUAUGUAAAAUACUAGAUCUAGAUAAUAUGUUUUCUUUGUGUAUGUUUUCUUUCUGCAUAAGGAAAAGUGAAGUUUAAUUAAUGUUCUUCGAGUAUCUACACCUUGAUUUUCUUAGAAAGUUACAUAUAUAUAUAUUUAUAAUGUCUGGUAUGUUUUGGCAUAAUAAUUAUUCACCAUCCAUAAAGAUCAGCUUAAUGCUUCAUGAAAAGGAAAUAACAUUAAAAAAGUUAAUGGAUGAUGAUAAUAUUUUACAAGAAUGUAGAGCUCAAAAUAAAAAAUUACUUAAGUUUUUGACAAGAUUAGAUAUUUUAGAAGAACUAAUAAAUUUAAUAAUAGAAGAACCUUCUCAAGAUAUAGAUGAACGAUGGCGUUAUAAAUAUUCUAAUAUUGCUUGUGAAUUAUUAACAUGUGAAGUAUCUAUACUUACUGAAAAAUUAGCAGGUAAUGAAAUGUUAAUGUCUAAAUUAUAUUCCUUUAUUGAUAAAGAGCAACCAUUAAAUCCAUUGUUAGCAUCAUUUUUUAGUAAAACAGUUCAUACAUUAUUAAGAAGAACUUCAUAUCAGAAUUGGUUUUCAUAUCAGUUUGCUUGUUUACAAGUUUUAGAAUCUUUUAAAAAUCGUAAAAAUUGGAUUGAUCUUUUACUGCAACAUAUACAAACUUCAGCAAUCAUGGAUUUGAUAUUAGUACUUGUUACUAAAAUUGAAAGUCAUGAAAUAAGUCAAAAUAUAUCAAAUUGGUUAGAUGAUCAACAAUUAAUUCAAAGAUUAAUAAAAUUACUAUCGCCAAAUUCAGAUUCAGAAAAACAUGCAAAUGCUUCACAACUUCUUAGUGAUAUUGUUAAAUCUUCACGCUUGGAAGGAGAAAAUAGAUCAUAUUCAAUUUAUCAAACAAUACAGUCGAUUUUAUCUGGAGAAAAAAUUGAAAGUAGUAUUAUUGGUGGAAUAAAGAUAUUAAUAAACUUAAUAGGACAAACAGAAAGUAGUGACUCUUAUGGAGUUCCUUUUAAUAAUAUCGUUGAAGAUGAAAAACGUGAUAAAUUUACAAUGAUUAUUAUACCUUAUUUGGAGAAACUUAAUCUAUUAUUACUAGAUCCACCAAAAGUAUGUUUAAUCAUAUUGUAUAUAAGCCAUCAAUUAGGAGCAGGAAUUUUAGAGAAGCCUUUUGGACCUUGUCGGUUACAUAUUUUAAAAUUGUUUGUUAAGUUUCUCUCUACAAAGAAUCCAAAAAUUUUAGAAAAAUUUGCAACAUUUAACACAUUUCAAAUUUUAUUAGAUUUAUUUUUUCAAUUUUCUUGGAAUAAUUUUUUACAUACUCAAGUACAACAAUGUUUAUCAUUAGCCAUUAGUUGCAAUUGUCCAGACAAAAAUGAAAUUAUCUAUUUCCAUAUAUUUAUUAAAAGUAAAUUAAUCGAUAGAAUUCUGAAAGCUUGGGAAAAUAAUGAUCAUAAUUCUUUAAGGAAUCAAGAAAAUGGAGUUAAACAAGGCUAUAUGGGUCAUCUAAUUAUAUUAGUAAAUAAUAUUGUUACAAGAUGUGAAGAAAAUAAUAUUUUAUCAAACUAUUUAAGAACAAAUUUAUCAGAAGAUAUCAUCAAGCAAUGGCAACAUUUUAUAAAAACAAAAUUAGAUGAAGUUAAUAAAAUACAAGAGCUUAUGCUGGGUGAAUCUUCAGAGGGAUAUGGAUCUUCAGAUGGUAAUCCAAAUGAAUGCACGCCUUUCCAAGAUUUUUAUGAUGUUGAAUCAAAUACUGAUUAUCAAGAACGAUCAUUACCAGUAUAUGUUGAUGAAGAUUACAAUUUUCCAAUGGAAAAGUUUAAUAGCAGAGAUGACACCUUCGAUUCUAGAAAUUCAGCGGAUGACUUUCACCACCAAUCAUUUAAUCUUACAACUGAUGAAUUUGAGAAAAAACAAGAUUUAUUUAAUCAAAUUUGUGAUGAAAAAAAAUUUGAUGAUAUUAGGGAUAAUAUUCAUUGGAAACAAGGAACAGGCCUUCCCAUAGAUAAAGCUGACUUGUUAGUUAAAAGAAAACAUGAUAAUUCAAGUUCUUCAGAUGAGGAAUAUGAAGAAAAUUUUGAUAAUAUAUGCAAAAAAGAUGAUGUCAUAAAUCGAACAUCAAUUAAACUCUGGUAUACAGAAGUACCAAAACCUGUUGAAGAGACGGGUUGGGCUAAUUUUGACGACUUUAGUGGUACAUUUAGUGUUGAUGUAAAUUGUUCAGAUUAUUCUACUAGUAAAAUUGAAUCAGAUUAUCUAGAAAUCCCAAUAGUUAAUAAUACAGGCAAUAAUUCAAAUUAUACUGAAAAUAGACACGAUGUUAAAAAAGAGAAUGAAUUAGAAAUUGAUGGCACCGAUUUAUGUAGCAUAUCGAAUGUAGACUUAACAACCUCUGAAAAUAUACCUGACAAUAAUGCAAAUGUAACUAUUAUUGCAAAAAGAGGACCUGAAUCUAAAGACAUUUACAAACAUUUUGAGGAAAGUACUUUAAAUAUAUCAGACUAUGAAAAUAUAAAAUUUAUACAAACUGACACAAAUGCCACUGAUAAUGUAUCUCCAAAAACAACGUCGUUUUUCGAAUCAACAAAGUAAAACUAUCUUGAUGUGAUACACAGGAAUAAAGAUACACCAUAUCAGAA